AUGUCGAAAGGUGCCUAUACCAACCCCGCGAUCACGUGGAAAAACGGCGUGGUCGCCCUGGUGAUGCUGCUUGGAUUCAUCGGGCCCCUGAAUAUCGCCAUGUGGCUCUGGGGCGCAGGUGCGUACUGCCCCGCCAUCCCGAUGUUCGCCAUCAUGGAGAACAUCAACGACAAGAUGUCAAAGCCCAACCCCGACGGUGGCGCGGACCUAAUCUGGGGCACCGGCGUCUGCACCAUCUACCUCAAGCCGUACGACGAACAAUACGACGAGGUUGAAAGCUCGGGGAACCACUUCGGGAUUAAAGUCGUCAUGCACGAGUUCAUCCACUGCCUUCAACACGGCCUCGUCUCGGGCGACGCAGAUCCCGCCGUUCGCUACGACACGAUCGACGUCAUCGUGGAGAACAAGUGCGGCAUCCCGGACGUGUACGCGUCCAAGACGGUCGCCGCGUUCGCCGCGUUGCCGGCUGAGUUUCGACUCAUCAAGAAGGUCGUCGUCUUCUACGCGUGCGGCAACGGGUACGAGUACACGCAAGCCGAGAUUGAAGACAAGGUGUACGGCGCGGGGUGCCCCGGGAUGAGUCCCAAUCAAGGCCCUUGGGAGGACCUGAACGGGUUCGGCGAGGGCGAUGCGGAGUACUACUCCAUGAACACGAUCAUGCCCGCCGUGGUCCAACCGUGGACCACACCCUACAACGGCCCCGCCGAGUGGACCCAAAAGAACACCGAGUGCCUCCAGAGGUGCGGUUUACCCGGUAAUGAUAAGUUCAGGAUCGGCGACUUAUCGGAGAAGCACGUGGAAGAUCAGAUGAUUCCCGCGCUGCGCGACGGCGGGUACGAUGACUGCAGGAAUAACUGCAUCGGCGAGCUCGUGAUUAAGUUUUUGCUCGAGCGGCGUCCGGCGACGACCGUCGCCGAGAUCCUCGACGUCUGGAAAGGUGCCGGCUCCGUCGGCUUCGGCGCGUCCUGGGAGACUUCCAUCGGGGAGUCCUGGCAGGACUUCUCCAAAGCCCUCGAGCGGUCGUCGAGCUACACCAACGACGCCUCCAGCGACGGGUCCCCGGGUCAGGCCAAGGGAGACGAAUACAUCCCCGAGUUUACGCCCGCGAAGAUCGGCGGCCUCACCGCGGCGCUCGUCUUCGUCUCGUUCUGCUGCUUUGUGAAACUCGUGCUGUUGGUCCGGAACGUCGUCACGGCGCACCGAGCGAACGCGGAGCCCUCGAGCGCUGUGUAA